AAAGUGAGUUCCUAACCAAAAGUUUUGCUGUGAGUCCGUCUACCAAAAAACCUUUUGGAUUACAGAGACGAAUUAUAUGCAUAAACAUACAGCAGUCCAGAUACAGAAUUAAAUCAUACGCACUUAGAUGAUAGAAAAUGGAGACCAAGAAUGGAAUUAGUUGCCGAUCGUGUGUUUUGGGGACUGAUAGAAGAAUAUGCGCAGUUAAAUAAAGCAAAAGAAAAACUGGAGAAGGAAUUAAAUAAUGCCAGAUUAAUUUUGAAUCAACUUCAAGCGCAUCUACAUCGAGUGGAAGAAGACUUAACGAGAAAGGAAAAGUCGUUACGGUUAGAUACGGAAUGUUUGAAUCAACACACGAGGCCACGUUCAAAUCUUUAUCAAUACGACGUGCCGUGAUUGAAGGAUACAUCAGCCUUCCACACGUCAUCCGCCGAAAAGGCACCUCCUUUCAAAAUUAUGCCGAGUUCUCAUUUAGUACCAAAAGAAUCUUACAGAGUGACUCGAAGUACCACAAUGGACAAUCCAGCACAAAACGAAAGACUUUUGAUCGAUUAGAAAAUGCAAAAAUCUAUUUUAAAUAAGCAAAAUUCUUUUACCAGAAAAUAUAACAGUAAUAAAUCUUAUGAUUCGUACAUACAAAAUACAUGUAUUUGUGUUUAUUUUAAACCUGAAUCGUUAUUUAAACGAUUAAUAAUAGAAAUCUAAUAGCUUGAUUAAAAGGCCCUCUUGCUCUUUUCGCCCCGCGGUACUAAGAGGGCCUUUCGUGGAUGCGGUCGGGUCCACAAUGGGAGUGGCGAGUAACGGACAUAUCCUAUUGAUAUUAAAAUUUUGAAUAUUGCGACUCGAUCGGAUUCUUAUGGAUUUUGGCGAUUUUUGAUGGGUCACAUGGUCUAUUUAUUAGAAUAUUUUGCACUGUGCGUCUUAAUGUGUAUAUAUUUCAGAAACACUAUAGCGCUUUAAAUACAUUUAGGCUAUAACGUUUUUAUGAUUGUAUGAAAACGUAUACGUUUUGUCACGUAAUUGUAUUAUUACGUGCUUCAUUUUGACGUAAGCAAAGUAUUAAAAAUAUUGGAUUUAUUAUACAUUUCACUUUAACGGG